UACCUUCUGAUAAUAGGAAUUGUUAAACCCAGACACGCAUGUCUACUCCACUCUCUUUGUGAUCACGCUAUCUUCUCUCCAAACAUAUCAGGCUUUCUUUGGAAGGAUAUGGAGAAUACUUUCCUGUCAAGCAAUUAAAACCCACUUGUCCUCAGAACUAUCCCACUCGGUGGCUUGUAUCCACAACCACCUUUCAGAAGCAUUUUCUCUGUCUUCUUCUUUUUUUCUCCCUCCUCCGACACCAAUCCAUGGGCUGAGUUAAGGCUGAACCAGCAGAGCAGCUUGUGAGAGAUUGGUACCUUCCAGACGUAUCUAUCUGUACAUUUGUCAUUUGCUUCUCUUUCAAGGCAUCAGCCUCUUAUGCUCUUACUUGCUCUAUACCCUUUCCGUCCAUGACUCAUUGCACAUCAGCAUCAACAAGAGGAACACCCACCUCAUUCGAUAUAUUUUUCGAAGGUUGGCUUGUGCGCCAGGAGCAUUACCUGGACGAACUCCUCUCCGCCCAGCAGCAUUUGGGCGAGUCGAGGGAGGAGUAUCUAGAAGACCUCAUCUCCCGAGUCCUCUCUCACUACCAACAAUACUACGAAGAAAAAUCCCGCAUGUCUCAAAUCAACAUUUUCCUCGUCUUCUCUCCUCCCUGGUUUACUUCCUUGGAGAGAGCUUUCCUCUGGGUUGCUGGCUUCAAACCCGCACUAGUAUUCAAGCUAGUCUCAGUCUUUGUUACUGACUUGUCUGAAGAUCAGAAGCAGCGAAUGAGUAGACUAAUUGAGGGGACAAAGGUGGAGGAGAGGGCGCUGGAUGACAAGCUGGCAAAGAUUCAGGAGAGUGUGGCUGCACCAGCCUUGCUGGAGAAGGCAAGAGAACGUGGAAGGCGACUGGGAACUGAGGAGACCAUGAGAGAAGAGGAAGAAGCAGCAUUCAAUACACUAAGAUCGUCAAUGGAGUCGGUGGUAAGAAGUGCAGACUUAUUGAGGACUGAAACUAUAUUGAACGUGGUGGCGAUAUUAAUCCCGGCGCAAAGAGUGAAGUUGUUGGCGGCGGCAAUGCAGCUUCAUAUAAAGGUUAGGACGCGAGGUUUGCAGAUUGAUGCAGAGAAGCAUGAGUAAAAUCCAUGGUGAUGGACAUGGCUUAUUAGAAUUUAGGAGUAGUAGGAUAGAGUAGUUGUUAGUUGUGGGAAGAUUUAAAAUUUUGAAGAAUUAGUAACGGUUCUUUGUUUUUUGUUUUUUUUCUUUUCUCUUUUUUCUCCAUGGAUGAGGA